AAUUCUAAGAGUGUGAACCUUGAGAGUAUAAAUCCUAAGAAUAUGAUUCUUGAAGAUAUAAGUCUUGAAGAUAUGAAUCUUGAGAAUAGUCUUGAGAAUAUAAAUUUGAGGGAUAUUAAUCAUAAGAAUUAUGGAGGUCAUGGGUAA